CUUUCCAUUAAUCAAACACUUCUCUCCUUAUCUCUCUUUCUCUCUCUCUUAGCUAGAUAUAUAUAUAUAUAUAGCUGCAUCAGCUUAAUUACUUGCUUGCUAGAAGUUUAUUAAGCUGAUCGUCAGCUAUGGCUAUAGAGAUUGAGCAGCCUAAUUCUGUGGGUUUAUCAAAAGUUGCAGUGUCUGAAACCCAUGGGGAAGACUCUCCAUACUUCGCAGGAUGGAAAGCUUAUGAUGAAGACCCUUAUGAUGAAUCCAGCAACCCUUCUGGCGUUAUUCAGAUGGGACUGGCAGAAAAUCAAGUUUCCUUCGAUUUGCUAGAAGAGUACUUGGAAAAGAAUCCAGCAACAGCUAGCUGGGGGCAGAAAGUUUCUGGCUUCAGAGAGAAUGCUUUGUUUCAGGAUUAUCACGGCCUUCAAUCUUUCAGAAAGGCGAUGGCAAGUUUCAUGGAACAAAUAAGAGGGGGAAGGGCCAAGUUCAACCCUGACAGGGUCGUUCUAACAGCUGGAGCCACAGCAGCCAAUGAGCUUUUAACCUUCAUUCUAGCUGAUCCUGGCGAUGCUUUGCUUGUUCCAACUCCUUACUACCCAGGAUUCGACAGAGAUUUGAGGUGGAGAACCGGCGUGAAGAUUGUCCCAGUUCACUGUGACAGCUCCAAUAAUUUCCAGAUCACUCCUCAAGCUCUGGAAGCUGCGUAUAGAAGCGCAGAAGCCAUGGGCGUCAAAGUAAGAGGGGUUCUAAUAACAAACCCAUCAAACCCUCUGGGCGCAACAAUCCGGCGACCGGUGCUGGAAGAAAUCCUUGACUUCGCCUCCCGGAAAAACAUCCACCUCGUCUCCGAUGAAAUCUACUCGGGAUCCGUCUUCACAGCGGACGAAUUCGUCAGCGUCGCCGAAAUCCUCGAAGCCCGGAACUACAAAGACUCCGAGCGAGUCCACAUCGUGUACAGCCUCUCCAAAGAUCUGGGCCUCCCGGGCUUCAGAGUCGGAACGAUUUACUCUUACAGCGAUCAGGUCGUGACGACGGCGAGAAGAAUGUCGAGCUUCACGCUGAUCUCGUCGCAGACGCAGCAGCUCCUGGCCGCCAUGUUAUCCGACGAGAGCUUCACUGGAAACUACAUAAGAACGAACAGGGAGAGGCUGAGGAAGCGGUACGAGAUGAUCGUCGACGGCCUGAGAAAGGCCGGGAUCGAGUGCUUGAAGGGAAACGGAGGGCUGUUUUGCUGGAUGAAUUUGAGUCCGUUGCUGGAGAAACCGACAAGAGAGUGUGAAUUGAAGCUGUGGAAGUCGAUCUUAAACGAGGUGAAGCUGAAUAUAUCGCCUGGAUCGUCGUGCCACUGCUGGGAGGCGGGCUGGUUUAGGGUUUGCUUCGCCAAUAUGAGCGAGAAGACGCUGGAAGUGGCUCUCAGGAGAAUACGUGAUUUCAUGGAACGAAGAUGAAAGGAUUACUAAGGAAUAAUUAAUUAGAUUGAGUUUGAUGAUUCUUUGAGUGAUGAAACCCGCGGUUUCAAGAACUGGGUUUUGUCUCGAAUUACAGUAUAAUGUAAAUUCGAUUGAUAUUAUUGCAAUAUAUAUUAAUUUUGAUACGUUGGAUUCUUA